GAAGGCAGAUCACCCAAAGCCUCUGAGCUGUACAAGUGGCGAAAGGCGACAUAAUCUCUCCGGUACAAGAUUGUGGCCGAGAUUUGAACGGACAAAACGAGAGGGACCACAAUAAGGCACAAGUGAAAUGGACGCUGCGGUGCGGUGAAGAGAAAGCAAAACAAGCAAGCGCAUGAUGGAGAGCGGCUGUGGCCUCGCACGCGUCAUCCAGCAGCUGCAGGAUGAAAUCAGGAAGCUGGAGACGGAGAACAAGGAGUUGCGCGGGCAACUCAGCCUGCCACUCACCGAGACAUCACCUACCGACUCUGAAAGGAGAGAUGGAACCACAGAGAACCACUCGAACCUCAGACGGAACGUUUCGGCACCGGCGCUGGAGGGCCAGUACAAAGAAAACAUGAUCAUGACCGUCCGGAGGUAUUCCAUAUCCUCAAAUGCAAUUCACGUGCCCUGUAAGAGUGUGAGCUCGCAUAAACCUCGGAGUGACAGCGACUGGGCCAGACUGCGAGGAGGAGCGCGUACGACUUCAGAGGACAGAGGCAAAACAGACGACAAACCAGCAAACCGGCGCACGUUUCAGCAAUGCGUCAACAAAGCCAGAGCCAAAGAGAAGACGGUCACAUUCCUGCUGCCUGUGGAUGACAUCUACACCAACCGGCCCUUUAUGGCAGACCACCUGACUGACACGAGCUCAUGCGAUCUCCAGAUAUCAGAAACAGAUUCGUGAGGCAAACAAAAAAGACAAACGAUAUGGUCUCAUUUAAUCCAGAGGAGCUUUAUCACCCUACACUGCUGCAUUUUUCAGAUCACAGCUACGUUUGAUUUCUACACUUGACCUCCUCCAAACUGAGUCCAGUUACAGGUUCGGUUUCGUGAAUUCAUUCUGCACAUGGCUUCUCUUUGCAUGGACCAAUCAGGUGUCACAAACCAACAAUGACACGUGGCUUCUGCAUAUGACACGAUUUACUUGAACAAAAGUGUACUAUGUAUGGUAUGGAAGCUGUGAUUAUACCUGAUCUGGUGCAGUUACAUAUAGAAUGAAGAGACAUUCAGCACAGAGACUGUAGGCUGCUUCAAAGCAUAAAAAACUACAAAUGAUCACUGGGUUUUUAGCACUGACCAAGUGUACAUUUUAUUAUAUUAUAUUAUAUUAUAUUAUAUUAAAUGCUUCCAUAAGGGGUUGAAUUUUAAGUUACGAGGCUGUGUAUUGCUGUGACACAGUGUGUAACAUCAGGUGUGUAACAUCAGGUGUCAUGUGAACAGUUGAGGUAAAUCAGGUGAAUUCUUGUAAUUCUGUUUACUGUACAGUACAUGCUAGGGUUUACAUAAAUUCUCCAGUUUAAUUUCUCUAAUUUAAGAGAAAUGUUUUAGAAAUUGUGAUCUUUUUAAAGUAUCUGCUCUUCUUUCUGUUUUUACAAUGUAAUCAGAGUUGCCUGUAAACACACAAACUGUAAAUCUAACUGUAUUUGCGACAUUCGUGUACUGUUUUAUUAUGCCUGUAUACCCAAUGUAAGGGAAAACAAUGUUCUACUGCAGACAAAAAUGUUAAAUAAAUAA